UAGCGUCUCUUCUGCUACGGACUGGAGCGUUGCUGUGUCGCUGUUGCGUCCUGCUGUGCAGUGGAGGAAACGCUGCGCCUCUGCUGCUGUUGCUGUUGUGAGUGCGUGUAUCAGGGGCGCUGUGUGCCAUUGUACUGCCGGGCGACUCUCUCUCUGGGAACAGCUCAGAACAGCGCGACUCUCUCUGGGUACAGCUCAGCGCGACUCUCCGCUGUCCGUGGUGCUGAUCUCUGCUUGGCGUCGCUUGUCAAUGGGCAGAGCUCUAUUCAAGUCAGUUCACUUCUUGACGGAGCUCGGAGCCGCUGUCCGUGGUGCUGAAGACAAACAGCCUGUUGUAUGAGUCGCAUUGCUGUCCAUGGUGCGGAUUAUAACUAUGCCCGGGGUGCUACAGUCAAGCAGUGUUUAGAUGGAGACAAGAGCAUUGAUGUGUUCGUAAUGAUGAAAAAGCAGCCACUUGGGAGCUAAUCAUUGUUGGGGUGUUGUUUGCUCCCCCAUAUUAUCUCUAUUGUGGUGCUGAAUUGACUCUGGUUGUGAAGCAAAAUGUUGGUUGUAUUUAUUGUAUUCUCACACUGCAGGGUGAUCACCUGAAAUGUAAAAAGUUAUGAAUUCCCCUUGUUUUUUAUCCUCUGGCUACUUUUCUGACUGCAGCCUCCCACUGAAGCAACAUAUUGCCAUGGUACGGAGGGUGUUCCAGGCUGGGCAGAGGCUGAGCUUCAUGCUGUUGCUGUUUGUGCUGCUGAAAUCAUAAUAUACACAUGCACAUACACACACCGCCUCCUCAUCUGCCGCUGAUUGAGGGGAACCCAACCGAACGGGAUAUAUUGCAGUUGGGACUCCAGUGCAAGUACCAGAAGGUCACAAUGAGCUGUGGAUUAAUCUCUGUGUAUUGUGGGGUCAUCGCUGCAUAUUAGUAAACCAGGCUGUGCAGAGCUGGGAAUCCUGGUGGCAAUACUGUAUGCAUACCAAAUCUUCUGUUCUGUGCCAUGGAUGGAAACCUGAAAGGACACGCUUUAGAUCUUCCUAAAAUGGGCCCUUCUGACACCUAGGAUGGGAUAAAUAUGGAUGGUUAUCCAUUGGCACAAGGUUGUCCUGCUAUUCUUCAGGAUUAACCCCCUUAAAGAUUCCCAAGUGUACUAGUCUCCUUGCAGCUUGUUUCCGACCCACAUGGCAGCAGCUGGAUAGAGUUCCUAGUGGAGUGACACAUAUCAGGUCCGGCAUUGGGGGAUGGCUCUACAUAUUUCUGCAGCCUCAAUGAUUCUGUUGGCAAUCACAGCAUCAGCAUCCUCCGCUGCUAUAACCCAGGAAGACUAUGCUGCAGAUGAAGGAGACCAAACCUCUAGUAAUGAUAACUUGAUUUUCGAUGAUUACAGGGGCAAGGGCUGCGUGGAUGACAGUGGUUUUGUAUACAAACUUCGGGAGAGAUUUUUUCCAGGGCAUUCUAAUUGCCCUUGCGUUUGUACAGAGGAUGGACCUGUUUGUGACCAACCGGAGUGCCCAAAAAUUCACCCCAAGUGUACUAAAGUAGAACACAAUGGAUGCUGUCCAGAGUGUAAGGAAGUAAAAAACUUUUGUGAAUAUCAUGGGAAAAGCUACAAAAUUCUGGAGGAGUUUAAGCCCUCUCCGUGUGAAUGGUGCAGAUGUGAGCCCAGCAAUGAAGUGCACUGUGUGGUGGCAGACUGUGCUGUUCCAGAGUGUGUGAACCCUGUUUACGAGCCUGAGCAGUGCUGUCCGGUCUGCAAGAAUGGUCCUAACUGCUUUGCAGGCACCAUCAUCAUCCCAGCAGGAGUAGAGGUUAAAGUGGAUGACUGUAACAUCUGCCAUUGCCACAAUGGAGACUGGUGGAAACCAGCACAAUGUUCCAAGAGGGAGUGUCAAGGAAAGCCAACCCUAUAGACUGUGCCUAUAUUGGACAGAGAGGAGAGAAUGGACCAUGUCUCUAGAGAUCAGCCAGUAAAUGAACACAUAACUCAAGGGAAAGGUCAAUUAUAGUAUAAUUUUAACUGAAAACAUGCAGGAACAAGUAGGAUUAAUUGUUAGGUGCCGAUGCUGAUCUGCAAUGAUUGAGACAUUCAAAUGACAAAGGAACUUAUGGCAACUCAUGAUCACCUAACCGCCACCUCUGGGGACGGCUGACAAGGUUUAAUCAGAGUGACACUGUGAGGAAGCUUUUGGAUCCGUCAUUGGUCCUUGCAAAUUUACCUGACAAUCUUUUGUCCUGUUAUUUUAUGUUGUUUUUUGUUUUUAAUUAUCCUGAAACUGAAUAUGAUUUUCACAGAAGAGACCACACAAAAAGGGGGGGGGGACAUUAUGUUCUUUUUCAAAAGUAAAUUCUGAUUCAUUCCUGCAUACAGCCUCGGGAUAACUAAACAGUUUACAGUUUGAUUACUUUUGCUUACAGAAAGGCCUUGAAUGUGAUUUUAGAGCACUGCAGAACCAUUUGCUCCGGGCGAAUUAUAUUUGUUUAAAAUGUGCGUCUUUUUCAUGUAGAAACGCAUUGUUUGUCAUCAGUUUUUUUUAUGUAUUGUCUGUUUUCAAUUAAUAUGGGCCAAAUUUCAGUGGCAAAUCUCCAGUGGUGACAACUAGUGAUGGGCAAAUUCAUGUGAAUUUUGACAAUUUGUGGGCAUCAAAAUUAAACCUGGCGACAAUUCCCUGGCGAAACGCACACAUUCACCGUGAAUUUGCCCAUUACUGCUGACAACUGUUCCUUCUGCCUGUCUCUUUAAGCUAAAUGGCCAGUAACAUCAAAACAUGGAAAUGAUUCAUCUGCAUUGAUAUUUAUUUGUCUUCAGAACUUAUACAAUACUCACUUCAGAGCUAAGGCUUUGAACAAACCACUGUUAAAGGAAACGUAAACAGUUUAAAUCAGUGUAAUAUUGCUCUGACUGCUGUUCUAAGCACAGUGCAAAUGUAAUCUAACAUUUCUGUUGUCUUACCUAAGGAGAACAUCUUCCAACGUUCGGCUAACCAACAUGUGGAGCUGUUGUUUCAGUUUCAUUAUAUCAGCAGUGUCAAAAUUGCUAAUAUCUUGAAAUAUAGAUAAAUAAUAUAUGAGCAAUAAUGUCUGAGCAAAUCUACAUUCAUUUGUUUUGAAUGUUUAGGUUUCCUUUGUUUACAUUUCUACCAUUGUUUAUAGUUUAGCCAUAGACAACAGAAAUUUAUAUAUUGAUUCGGGCAGCCUCUGUCAGUGAUAGUUUUCCUUUUAAAUUAAUUUUUCAAACUGCAGAUAGUGGAGAGUGUGCUUUGCACUUUUUUGUGAUGUUACUGGUCCUUUAAAGGGAAACUAUAGCUAAAACAGACUUCCUAUACUAAACAAUAUUUUGUAAAACUCAGCUAUAUUAAGACACAGCUACAAUCUAAUGUAAAAGAAGAUAGGACCUAAUGAUGAAGGGGUAUCUAAUGGUUGCUGUGAAUAUUGGAAUGUAUUCUGUUUUUCUAAAGAAUAAAACACAUCUUCUUUCCUA